AUGACUUUUCUGGGGGUCCAGAGGUAUGACUCUCGACUGGAGCUGCCUUCCAGGACCUGGCCCUAUGUGGUCCUAUUUGCUUUGUUCUUCAUCCCUGUCCUGUCCAAAGCCAUGAAUGUGGCCCAACCUGCAGUGGUACUGGCCAGCAGCCGAGGUAUCGCCAGCUUUACGUGUGAAUAUACAUCUUCACGCAACACUGAUGAGGUUCGAGUGACAGUGCUGCGGCAGACAAAUGACCAGAUGACUGAGGUCUGUGCCACAACAUUCACAGUAGAGAAUGAGUUGACUUUCCAAGAUGAUCCCAUUUGCACUGGUACCUCCAAUGGAAGCAGAAUAAACCUCACCAUCCAAGGACUGAGAGCUGCUGACAUGGGGCUCUACUUCUGCAAGGUGGAGCUCAUGUACCCACCACCAUACCUUGUGGGCAUGGGCAACGGGACCCAGAUUUAUGUCAUUGAUCCAGAACCAUGCCCAGAUUCUGACUUCCUCCUUUGGAUCCUUGCAGUGGUUAGUUCAGGGUUGUUUUUUUACAGCUUCCUCAUCACUGCUGUUUCUUUGAGCAAAAUGUUAAAGAAAAGAAGUCCUCUUACAACAGGGGUCUAUGUGAAAAUGCCCCCAACAGAGCCAGAGUGUGAAAAGCAAUUUCAGCCUUAUUUUAUUCCCAUUAACUGAAAGACCAUUUGUGAAGAAGAAAAAGCAUAUUUCAAUCUGAACAAGUGAGGCAAUUUCAGCUUUUUGCUACCCAGCUAUUUUUAUUUUUUUGUGUAUUUUGGGGAGAGUUUGCCUCUCUUUAAUAUGAAUCUGGAUGCAGAAUUCAAAUUAAGUAUACUGCAAUUUAGAGCAAAGGACCAAGAAAACAGAAUUGGAAUAUUUCUGUUAUGCCAGAUCCAAUUUUAGUAAAAGUAUCACUUGGAAGCAAUAUAAGGGUGUAGCAUUAUGACGUAGGGUCAAGGAAAUGUUAGGGACUGACACAGUCCAAAGAAAGGAAG